AUGAGGCGGGGCGAGGGCUGCUGGCAGACUCGCUAUAACCCCUCUUUCCGUCUCCCUUUCCCCACUCCACCCCGCGCCCCCUCCCAGCAAUCCCUAUGGUCGCGUGGAUUCAAGCACGUGUAUGGCGUGGACGAGGCAGGGCGAGGGCCGCUGGCAGGGCCUGUGGUGGCGGCUGCAUGUGCCGUGCCUGCUGGGCUGGAGAUCCCAGGUCUGGCAGACAGCAAGAAGCUCACGGAGAAGCAACGGGAGGAGAUAUUUGAUGCCAUUAUUGGAAACCCUGACAUUUUCUAUGCCGUGGAUAUUGUUGGCCCUGCAGAGAUCGAUAAAGUCAACAUACUUGAGGCAACGAUGCUGGCAAUGGGCAACAGCAUAGCCAAAGUGCUAGAGGAUCCCAGCAGCCCUUCCCCGGACUAUGUGCUCGUGGACGGCAACAGGGUUCCUCCAGGCCUGCCCUGCGCUGCCGAGGCUGUUGUCAAGGGCGAUGCUACCUGCUAUGCCAUCGCUGCUGCUUCCAUCCUUGCCAAAGUGACAAGGGAUCGACUCAUGCUCAAACUCGACAGGUAUUUCACUGGCUCUACCCAGCAUACGGCUUCAAGCAACACAAGGGCUACGGCACAGCAGCACACAUGA